UCAGUUAAUUUUUUAAGAAACAGUUCAAGUCGUCAAUUCGAAGAGAUACCAUUAAUAUGAAACUCCUUUUGAUUCUGUCCAGUGUGGUCCUCUAUGUGGCACUCAUCUCGGCCCAGUCUUGCCCAGGACGUCCACCCUUGCAGGACUGUCUGCACGGCAAGGACGAAGGAGUUGAACGCGCAAGGCUUUGCAUUAGAGAUCCCAACCCAGAGAUGUGGUACUAUAACCACCACGAAAAUAGGUGCAUCAAGAUGAGGUACCUCGGCUGCUUGGGCAACCGCAAUCGCUACUGCAAGUUGACCGACUGUCAACGGGCCUGCGUUCGACGAUUCUAGGCAGUGAAAAUAUUUCUACUCCCCAGAUGACGUUAUAUAAAAGAAACCAAAAAAUAGUAUAUCUUGUGCAAAACUAAAA